AUGGAAGAUCUAUCACACUCCCUAGGAGGAGGCCUUUCACCUGUAUUGUACGUUGUCUCUGGGCCCUUCAAACCUGUUCUGCUCCUGGGGAUCGGGCAGCGUUACAGACGGUGCAGCCAGUGGCCUUCAGAGAAACCCGUCGUGGAAGAAGCUCCCUCGCAGAGCUCUGCUCUGUCUCGGCAGGGCUCCUCCCGUUCCUUGGGAGCUGAGGCUCGUGCGUGCGAUGCCCCUGGGAGCAAGGCUGGGGCCGUGCCUACGCCUGCCCAGACAGGCAGCAUUCUUCUGAAGGCAGCUGUGCACAAGGAGAGGAAAGCACCAGAAAUAUCUUCAUUCUUGUGUCAGGAGAACAGCAGCUUUCCUGAAUCCUACCAACACAACGGGAAGGAAACGUUUAAGUGCAGCCGGGCUGUCCGAGCUGCUCUGCUCGGCGCCCCGGGACCUCCCCGACCAGCGAGGGAGAGCAGGCAAGGGCUGAGCGCGGAGGCUCCGCCCGGCGCUUCGCUUCUGAAGAGCUCCCAGCUCGCCGAUCACAAAGCCGCUCUUACAGCCCUUAUUCAAACAGUUCAGCUCCAGGGUGCCAAGAGGUGGCUGGAGUGGAGGAGAGAGGUUGAACUGCUCUCCGACGUCGCCUACUUCGCCCUCAGCACUCUGUCAGGUUACCAGACGCUGGGUGAAGAGUACGUUAACAUUGUUCAAGUUGACUCUACCAAGAAAAGGGUACCUUCCUUUCUUCGGCGGGCCAUCUUCGUUUCUCUUCAUACUGUAGUACCUUAUUGCUUAGAAAAGGGAUUACUGCAUCUGGAACACGAGCUGCAGAGAGAAGCUGAUGAGCCCAGAACCUCGCAGAGCAACCCAGCGCUUGGCUUAUCCAGUAGGACCUUAAUGCGAAACUGGAUACAGAAACAAGUUGGGGAGCUUACAGAACAGCAGAAGAAAACAGUUUUACAAAUUGUGUAUGUUCUUAAGCAAUGCAUACCUUUGCUUCAUCGACUACAUCUGGCAGUAUUCUACAUAAGGGGCACUUUUUAUCACCUGUCUAAAAGAAUCACAGGAAUCACGUAUCUGCAUUUUGGAGGACUGCAAGGAGAAGAUCAGAGUAUUCGAUCAAGUUACAAGUUUCUUGGAAUAAUUUCACUCUUCCAUCUUCUUCUGACAAUUGGUGUUCAGAUGUACAGCUUCAAACGGAAGCAGAGAGCAAGGCAGGAAUGGAAACUACACCGUAACCUAGCUCAUCAGAAAACUACAACCAAGGAGAAAACUGCUGGGCGCCACUCCCGCUGCACUUUGUGUUUGGAAGAACGGAGACACGCGACAGCCACACCUUGCGGCCACCUGUUCUGCUGGGAAUGCAUUACGGAGUGGUGCAACACCAGGACAGAAUGUCCAUUGUGCAGAGAGAAGUUUCCUCCUCAGAAACUGAUCUACCUACGUCACUAUCAGCUGUAAAAGAAAAAAUCGAUGCUGUUUCACAAGGGCCUCAGCUCUCACACCCUCUGUGAAGUUGCUGUACAGCUUGAGUUAGUCCAAGAAAAAGACUUUAUUAUAAAACUGGUAACUGCCUGUGCAAGGUGGCACACUUCAUGCCUGUUUUACAGAAUAAAUCUAUUUCUGCCUCU